ACCUCGUGUGUACCACCCAAAAAUUUAAUGACCGAGCUGUGCUAGGCCAAGUGUUAAAUAGCUUAUGAAUGAGGUUCACCUUGGACUUCUCUCUACAUCUGACAUUCGAAUCACCAUGAUCUCCAACAACACGAGCAAGAACAAUCGACUGAUUCUGGCUAAACGACCUGAAAAGGGUCCAGUGACACCUGAGACGUUCAAAUUGGAGACUGUCGAUCUGGAACUAGUUCAGGAUGGUCAAGUCAGAGUCAAAGUGGAAUAUUCCGCGAUUGAAGCGACCAUGCGAAAUUGGCUCAAUGAAGCUCGAAGUUAUAUCGAACCUGUCAAACUCGGAGCCGUCAUGCGAGCUAUCGGGGUCGGAAGAGUGGUAGAAUCAAAGAGUGAUGAGCUCAAGGCGGGAGAUCUGGUCUAUGGCUUGCUCGGAUGGCAAGAGUAUUGGCAAGGGUCCGCCAAAGAAGUCAAGAAGCGAGACACGCCUCCGGGAGGACGAGAUUUUGAUCAUAUUGGACUGCUGGGCUCUUCAGGGAUGACCGCUUACGUUGGCAUGUUUGACAUCGGUCAAUUGAAGGACGGCGACGUCGUCGUGGUCUCUGCGGCCGCUGGGUCUGUUGGUUUGAUCGCCGUGCAGAUCGCUCUUGCCCAUCCGAAAUGUAAAGUCAUCGCUAUCGCUGGUUCAGACGACAAGUGCCAAAUGCUGAAAGACAUGGGUUGUCAUGUCGCUUUGAACUACAAAUCGGAAGACUUUAAGCAGAAGUUCAAGGAUAUAGGAUUGAUCGAUGUCUACUUUGACAAUGUUGGAGGAGAGAUACUGGACAUGGUUCUCGGCAGACUCAAUCCUCAUGCAAGGAUUAUUGCUUGUGGGGCCGUCAGUGCCUACAGUGCCAAAACGCCUUAUGGUCUCGUCAACUACACCAGUCUCAUCUCCAUGAAAGCCAAGAUCCAAGGCUUCAUCGUCAUGGAGCACGCUCAUCGAUUUGCGGAAGCAGGGGCAUACCUUGCGAAACUUGCCAAGGAGGGAAAGAUGAAAUAUGAUUACACGAUCCUCGAGCCGAAAGACGGUGAACAAAAUGGAUUGAGCCGGUGUGUAGAGGGUAUGGAGUUAGUAAGCUCAGGGAACAAUGUGGGAAAGACUGUGAUCCAUAUGUCUCGCAGUGACCGGAAAGCAUCGCUAUAGAAUGCAUUGAAAGGGGCUAGUCACCUGCUUUUGAUCUGACG